GUUCAAACUCACCUCUUUCCCCUCGUCAUUAUGUCUAGAUCAUACGAUAGAGCUCUCACUGUUUUCUCUCCUGAUGGUCAUCUUUUCCAGGUUGAAUAUGCUUUGGAGGCUGUCAGGAAGGGUACAUGCGCCGUUGGUGUGCGCGGAAAGGACGUUGUGGUAUUGGGUGUGGAGAAGAAAUCAGUGCUUCAGCUUCAAGAUCCCCGUACUGUGAGAAAAGUAGUCAUGUUAGAUGAUCAUAUCUGCCUUGCCUUCGCUGGGCUCACGGCUGAUGGACGAGUAUUGAUCGACAAGGCCCGUAUCGAAUGUCAAAGUCAUAGACUGACGGUUGAGGACCCAGUGACGGUGGAAUACAUUACCAGACACAUAGCUGGUAUUCAACAACGAUAUACUCAAUCUGGAGGUGUCCGUCCGUUUGGUAUCUCGACACUUAUUGUUGGCUUCGAUCCUCAAGACACCAAGCCCCGUCUAUACCAGACAGAACCGAGUGGUAUUUACAGCGCCUGGAAGGCGAAUGCCAUUGGGCGUUCUUCUAAAACCGUUCGCGAGUUUUUGGAAAAGAAUCAUAAAGAUGAUUUAUCAAGGGACGAGGCCAUCAAGCUGACGAUAAAGAGUCUUCUGGAGGUUGUUCAGACUGGUGCAAAGAAUAUUGAAAUCAGCGUCAUGGAAAGUUAUGGGAAGAUCACGAAUCUCGAUCUGGAGCAGAUCGAAGCGAUCGUUUCAGAAAUAGAGAAAGAGAAAGAAGCAGAGGCCGAAAGAAAACGAUCGAGGUUAGCAGCAACAGCGGCCAGUCAAGCUUCGAUGACUUCAAGAGCGUCGGGGGGCGGGGAGGAGCCAGCGCAGUGACGACGUGUAAUCCACACAAAAAACUGUUUUACCAAUAUUUAGGAAUACUACAUCGAGCUGAGUAACCUCGAAGUAUGUUAUCUGAGC